AUGGCCUAUGCCACCCCAGCGGCUAAGCAGGCCGCCUCCCAAACAGCGCCGUCUUUCCAGCCCUCUUCGCCGCCCAACAAACGCGAUCUCAAGUCAUGGUGGAAGGGCUUCAUUCUCCCCUCAAAAAAUCAAGAUCAGCCUGAGCCUCCCGAGUCCCCAGACCGAGAUGCGAGCUACGGCCGCCUAUGGUCCUGGCCUCUGGCUCCCACCAUCGUCCACCUGCAGGACAGCCAAGCUCUUUGUGUUGCGUCUGGCUAUUUCCUCGGCGUCGGUAGCUGUGUAGCGGUUCUCCAGCCAUCACACAUCUGUGUUGCCAGUCAGCCCGGAGCAGAAAGCUUCCCCCUUUACUCUCGAAUCGCACCACUCUUGCAGACCCGAGCCCCCGGAAUUUUCGGAGUGCCGUUGCGACAGAGUAUAACCUAUGCAAACGUCGCCAUCUCCCUCAUCGAUGAGCAUGGUCAAAGCUACAUCUACGGCUACGUGCCCAUCGUCGUCGCAAAAUGCGGCGUCUUCCUAAAGGAAAAGGCUACUGGCGUCGAAGGCAUUUUCCGCCUCAGCGGCUCCGAGAAGCGCAUCAAAGAGCUGAAGAGUGUUUUCGACUCACCCGAUCGAUACGGCAAAGGCCUUGUGUGGGACGGCUACACAGUACACGACGCUGCUAAUGUCCUCCGCCGAUACCUCAACGACCUGCCUGAGCCUGUCGUUCCUUUAGAUUUGUACGAAAAAUUUCGCCAUCCUCUGCGCGGCGCAACCAAGCAAAUUGUCGGUGAUGCCGAAGGCCCUCAGUUCGUUCCCGAUUUUGACGAAAAGGCCGCCAUCCGGACGUACCAACGCCUCAUCACCGAGCUCCCCCCACUCAAUCGCCAGCUGCUGCUUUACAUCCUUGAUCUACUCGCUGUCUUUGCUGCCAAGUCGGAAGAGAAUCGAAUGACGUCGCAGAACCUAGCAGCCAUUUUCCAGCCUGGCAUGCUGUCACACCCACAGCAUGCAAUGGCUCCAGAGGAGUAUCGGCUCAACCAAUGCGUCAUCAUUUUUCUCAUCGAAAAUCAGGAUCACUUCUUAAUCGGCAUGCAAGGCACCGCCGCCGAUGAAAAUACCGUCAUGGAAGUACAAUCCGGUACUCCCAAAGGGCCGCUCACUCCCGGCAUAGAGUCACCUGCACAGAUGAACCGAACUGCGUCCAACGCCAGUGCCGGUGCUGAAAGUGUGCGUAGAGACGGCAAACUGCGACGAAAUCGGUCUGUCUCGUCCAAGAAGUCCAAAAAAGAGGAUUCCGCUACGGCUACUAUUCCGGCUGUGGUGGUUGGCCCCCCUCCAGGCGGCUUAAGUAGAAGCAAUACUCUCCCGUCAAAGAAGUCUCCUAAUGUUAGCGGCCGAAAGUUUGCCAAGGUCGACAAGGACGGCUCUGGUUCUGUUCAGCCACUGACCCCAGCCCGACUCUCAGAGGCGCCCAUAAACUCUGGGCCCGCCACCCCUCUGGCAGCCCCCGACUCUGCAAACAAGGCUUCGUUAGGAAAUAGCCAGGAUCGACUUUUGGAAACAUCACCCGACGUGCCUCCACAUGGCAAAGAGACCAAGGAACGGAGUGUAUCAAACCUUUUUCAAAGGUCCCCGACGGAAGGAAGCGACAAGCGACAGCCGAACAAACUGCGAAAAAAGAGAGCCCCUGGCACGGUGAACUUGAGCGCCCACAGCUCGAGUAACUCUCUACCGCAGUCUAACGCUGCUUCACCAAAUGUUGAACUGUCCAACCCCCUGGACAGUGUACCGCCCUUGGCCGAAACAAUGGCGACGCCCACUGCUACUGAGAAGACCGAAGCUAUCUCCUCACCAGCUACCAAACCAGCUCAACCUACAAUAAACACUGUCGAAACGAGAGAGCUGGUCGGGACAAAGCCUACCGAUACUCCUGCCGAAACGACAGGGUCGCCCGUUGACUCUGCCAAUGGCCUUUCAGACCCAGACCACGCUGCUGACGACCGGGCUGCCAGCCUGCUAACAAGCCCUGGAAAAGAAAAGAGGAAGAGGUGGUUAUCACUUGGUACCAAGAAGGAUGAUGGCAGCGGUGAAACCCCUCCCCAGUUCAACCUAGGACUCAACCAUAACGCGGAGACGAGUACAACCUCUUUCGCAAGCUCUAGCAAAGUACGCAAAAGCUUCCAAGCAGAUGGCUCAGAAACGGCUUUCGCAGAGUCAUACGACAGCAAAGACGGCGACGCCAAAGGCCCGCUCGGCUGGAUCAAGAACAAAUACCGGGAGGCUAAAGAGAACGCCGAUCACAAGCGCAACAAGUCGCCGCCCCCAGCAGGCGAGCGCUCGAGUAUCAGUGCAACUAUCCUCGGCCGCGGCAAGAGCCUUGACAUUAAGCGCGAUGAGCCCUCGGGCGGCCCAGCCAAUGUGGAGGCGCUACCAAAGAAGGAAGAAGUCCCAGUUGCUCAAGAUGCGACGCAAAACCUUACUGCUGAAGCUUCCGCUCAUGCAGCUAGUGAGCAAGCGCACCAGCCCGUCGGGACGAUCAAAGAAGAACCUAUUGCAGAAGCGGCAGCGGCCGAAAAAUCAACAAAUCCGGGUGAGGCUCCGGCUUUGGAGUCAGUUGCUACACAGCACGAAGUGAUACCUGCCAAUAAGGACCUUCUGGCACCAGCGGGUGCCCCAACUGCCCAGCCAAACUCUGCUGUUGAAGCUGAAUCUACAGUCGUCGAGCCCAAAUUUGACCAGCCUGAGUCUGUCGAACCCAAGGCUGUCGAGCCCCACCACGCUGAGUCGCAAGCGAUCAAGCCCGAAGAUUCAGCGCCUGAGACCGUCAAAGCUACUCUCAAAGCUGAAUAA